AUGUGGAUUUCAGGAUUUGCAAGAGCGCAGUUUAUCACACUAGAAUCCAUUGAGAUAUUCACAAAGCACGACUGGUUCAAGCUCAAACACACAGUCUACUUUCAAUGCAAAGGAGAGAACAAAACUGUUCUUCCCGAUGUCGUCAAAACUGGUAUCGUGUACACUUUUCGCGGUCAAGAAUCAUGGCAGCCUAUGACCGAAAUCGGUGGCGAGAAGUGUAAGCGAUGCGGAAUCUAUGAACAAGGCAGCCUUGUAUCAGACAAAGAGUUUGAUGAAUGGGAGCUUUGUCCUUCUGAUUUCUCUGCUAGCCAAAUCUAUAUGCACUCUAAAGAAAAGGAGAUGAAUGCUACUUUUGUUUGCCACGGUUGCGCCAAGCUCGAUUCCGUGUCUGCUGAAGCAACAACGGGUUCUAGUUCAAAAGAGGAAGGAGAUAAUAGGUCAACGGUAGCGAUAGCGAUAGUGGCAGGAGUCAUGUGUGCAAGUCUUGUUGUGUUUGGGGGCGUUUAUAUGUUCAGGCACUCAAAGAGGAUGAAGCUGCAGCGAGAUCAAGCUCGGUUCAUGAAGCUGUUUGAGGAAAGUGAUGAACCUGAAGAUGAGCUUGGACUUGAACCUGUAGUUUGA